AUGCACAGGUACACGGAAGGAGUACAGCGUAUGUUGGAUCAUUAUCACAUGCUCAUAGGAACGUUAAAUGAGGCAGAGUCUCUUCUUCUCGACGAUCAUUCCCAGGAAUUAAUAAGAGUGUUUAGGUCUGGAUAUAAGAGGCUAAACUGGAACUCACUAGGUAUUGCUGACUACAUAACUCGGUGCAAACAGGCCAUUGGGAAAUUUGAGUCCCUUGUCCACCAGAUUCAUAAGAAUGCAGAUGACAUUUCUAACAGGCUUACAUUAAUAGAGUCUAUAAAUCUCUUUAAAUAUCCUGCACCUAAAAGUGAGGAAGAUCUCCCAGGCGUGAAGGAAUUCUUUGAGCACAUCGAACGAGAAAGGGCCAAAGAUGUGGAUCACAUGGUCAGGUGGUAUCUUGCCAUUGGGCCUCUACUGACCAAAGUCGAGGGUCUGGUCAUCCACACCAACACGGGCAAGGCUCCUAAGCUGGCCUCCUAUUACGAAUACUGGGAACAUAAAAUUUAUGAGGUCUUGACAAAGCUCAUCCUGAAGAAUCUGCAGUCUUUUAAUUCUCUAAUCCUUGGGAACGUUCCGUUGUUUCAAACGGACACCAUUCUGACGGCUCCUGAGAUCAUCCUGCAUCCCAAUGCAAACGAGAUCGACAAAAUGUGCGUCCACUGCGUCCGAAAUUGUGUGGAGAUCACCAAGCAUUUUGUUCGAUGGAUGAACGGCAGCUGCAUCGAAUGCCCUCCUCAGAAGGGGGAGGAAGAAGAACUUGUUAUAAUCAGCUUUUACAAUGAUAUUUCCCUGAACCCUCAGAUAAUUGAACAAGCUGUUAUGAUCCCCCAAAGUGUCCACAGGAUUCUGAUUAGUCUUAUGAAGUACCUCCAAAAAUGGAAGAGGUAUCGACCUCUAUGGAAAUUGGACAAAGCCAUUGUGAUGGAGAAGUUCGCCGCCAAGAAACCUCCUUGUGUGGCGUAUGAUGAAAAGUUGCAGUUCUAUUCCAAGAUAGCCUAUGAUGUCCUGCGCCACCCUUUAAUUAAGGAUGAGCACUGCAUCAGGCUGCAGCUAGGGCCCCUGGCGAACACGGUGCAGGAAAAUGCCAAGUCCUGGGUGACCUCACUUGGAAAGCUUCUCAAUGAGUCAGCAAAGGAGGAGCUCUAUAAUCUCCAUGAAGAGAUGGAGAGGCUGGCCAAGAACCUGAAGAAGAGCCCUAGCACCCUUGAAGACCUUAAGUUUGUCCUUGCCACCAUUGCAGAAAUUAGAAGUAAAUCUCUGGUCAUGGAACUGAGAUACAGGGAUGUCCAGGAGCGAUACCGCACCAUGGCAAUGUAUAAUGUCUUUCCUUCUGAUGCAGAGAAAGAACUGGUUGACAACAUUGAAAGCAUGUGGUCAAAUCUGUUUAAUGAUUCAGUGAAUGUGGAGCAUGCUCUUGGGGGCAUCAAGAGAACUUUCACAGAGAUUACUCGAGGUGAAAUAUCAAACUAUAGACAGCAGAUAGAGGAUUUUGCAAAGUGUUUUUAUCGUGAAGGCCCUGGUUCUGUUGGUGAUGAUCUUGAUAAAGGAGUAGAACUUUUAGCCACUUUUGAAAAAGAGCUCAUGAAACAUGAAAAGAACCGUCAGGAGUUGGCUAAUGCUGAGAAACUUUUUGAUCUUCCAAUUACAAUGUAUCCAGAGCUGCUCAAAGUGCAGAAGGAAAUGAAUGGGCUGAGGACCAUUUAUGAGCUCUACGAAGGACUAAAGGUUGCAAAAGAAGAAUGGUCUCAGACCCUCUGGAUCAACCUGAAUGUUCAGUUCCUCCAGGAAGGAAUCGAAGGUUUUCUCAAGUCCCUCAGAAAGCUACCCCGGCAGGUCCGAAACUUAUCAGUGGCCUUCCAUUUAGAAGCAAAAAUGAAGGCGUUCAAAGACUCAAUUCCUUUACUUCUUGACUUGAAGCAUGAAGCACUGAGAGACAGGUUGGCGGUGAAGGAAAUCCUGGAUACGUGGGAAAGUAUGAAGUUUACUGUGAUCAAAUAUUUCAAAGGCACACAGGAGCGAGGCUACAUCUUGGGGUCUGUCGACGAAAUCAUCCAGUGCCUUGAUGACAACACCGUCAACCUGCAAAGCAUCUCGGGAAGCAGAUUUGUGGGGCCUUUUCUGCAGACUGUUCACAAAUGGGAGAAAACGCUUUCUCUGAUAGGGGAAGUCAUUGAGAUUUGGAUGUUGGUUCAGAGAAAGUGGAUGUAUCUUGAAAGCAUUUUUAUCGGUGGCGAUAUCAGGUCACAACUUCCUGAUGAGGCGAAGAAGUUUGACAACAUCGACAAAAUAUUUAAAAGGAUCAUGGGUGAGACCUUAAAGGACCCCGUGAUCAAGAGAUGCUGUGAGGCCCCGAACCGCCUGGCUGACUUGCAGCACAUCAGCGAGGGCCUCGAGAAAUGCCAGAAGAGCUUAAACGACUACUUAGACUCCAAGAGAAACGCUUUCCCGAGGUUCUUCUUCAUUUCUGACGACGAGCUGCUCAGCAUCCUGGGGAACAGCGACCCUCUCUGUGUCCAGGAGCACAUGAUCAAGAUGUUCGACAACAUCGCUCUGCUGAGGUUUCACGAUGGGGAGAAUGGAGAGAAGCUGGUGUCCGCCAUGAUCUCAGCAGAAGGAGAGGUCAUGGAGUUCCGCAAGAUCAUCCGGGCGGAGGGGCGCGUGGAGGACUGGAUGACCGCCGUGUUGAACGAAAUGCGGAGAACCAACCGGCUGAUCACCAAAGAGGCUAUCUUUAGAUAUUGUGAAGACAGAAGCAGGGUCAACUGGAUGCUCCUGUACCAAGGGAUGGUGGUGCUGGCUGCCUGCCAGGUGUGGUGGACCUGGGAGGUGGAGGAUGUCUUCCACAAAGUACAGGAAGGGGAGAAGCAGGCCAUGAAGGACUAUGGCAAGAAAAUGCACCAGCAGAUUGAUGAGUUGGUCACUCGGAUCACCAUGCCCUUGAGCAAAAACGACAGAAAGAAAUUGAACACGGUCCUCAUCAUCGACGUGCAUGCCAGAGAUAUAGUUGAUUCUUUCAUAAGAGGCAGCAUUCUCGAAGCCCGGGAGUUCGAAUGGGAAAGUCAGCUGCGGUUCUACUGGGACCGGGAACCCGACGAGCUGAACAUUCGUCAGUGCACGGGCACCUUCAGCUACGGCUAUGAGUUCAUGGGUCUGAACGGGAGGUUGGUCAUCACGCCGCUCACCGACCGGAUUUACCUGACUCUCACUCAGGCCCUGUCCAUGUAUCUGGGAGGGGCCCCUGCUGGCCCAGCAGGUACUGGCAAGACCGAGACCACCAAGGAUCUGGCCAAAGCCCUGGGCUUGCUCUGUGUCGUGACCAACUGCGGAGAAGGCAUGGAUUACAAGGCCAUUGGGAAGAUUUUCUCUGGCCUCGCCCAGUGUGGGGCUUGGGGCUGCUUUGAUGAGUUUAAUCGAAUCGAUGCCUCUGUGCUGUCAGUCAUCUCCUCUCAGAUUCAGACGAUCCGAAAUGCUCUGAUCCAUCAGCUAACCACGUUCCAGUUUGAAGGGCAGGAGAUCUCCCUGGACUCGAGAAUGGGCAUCUUCAUCACCAUGAACCCGGGCUACGCGGGCCGCACGGAGCUGCCGGAGUCGGUGAAGGCCCUCUUCAGGCCCGUGGUGGUGAUCGCGCCUGACCUGCAGCAGAUCUGCGAGAUCAUGCUCUUCUCGGAGGGCUUCCUCUGGGCCAAGACCCUGGCCAAAAAGAUGACCGUCCUUUAUAAGCUGGCCCGGGAGCAACUCUCCAAGCAACAUCACUAUGAUUUUGGACUGAGAGCCCUGAAGUCCGUGUUGGUAAUGGCUGGAGAGCUGAAGAGAGGCUCUUCUGACCUUAGAGAGGAUGUGGUGCUGAUGAGGGCCCUUCGAGACAUGAAUCUGCCCAAGUUCGUAUUUGAGGACGUCCCUCUUUUCCUUGGUUUGAUUUCUGACCUGUUUCCUGGACUAGACUGCCCGCGCGUUCGCUACCCUGAUUUUAACGAUGCCGUGGAGCGGGUGCUGGAGGAGGGUGGCUACGUUGUCCUACCUGUCCAGGUGGAUAAAGUGGUUCAGAUGUUCGAGACCAUGUUAACCCGCCACACGACCAUGGUGGUGGGGCCCACCGGAGGGGGCAAGUCCGUGGUCAUUAAUGCUCUGUGUCAGGCCCAGACCAAGCUUGGGCUGAUGACAAAGUUGUACAUCCUGAAUCCCAAAGCCAUGAGUGUCAUAGAGCUCUAUGGCAUCCUGGACCCCACUACCCGAGACUGGACAGAUGGGGUACUGUCAAACAUCUUCAGGGAGAUCAACAGGCCAACAGAUAAGAAGGAGCGAAAGUAUAUUUUAUUUGAUGGUGAUGUAGAUGCUCUGUGGGUGGAAAACAUGAAUUCUGUGAUGGAUGACAACAAGCUGUUGACGUUGGCCAAUGGUGAGCGCAUUCGGCUUCAAGCACACUGUGCUCUGCUCUUUGAGGUUGGAGAUUUACAGUAUGCCUCUCCUGCAACUGUGUCUCGAUGUGGAAUGGUUUAUGUGGAUCCUAAAAACUUGAAAUAUCAACCAUUCUGGAAAAAAUGGGUUAAUGAAAUACAAAACAAGGUAGAGCAGGGCAAUUUAGAGAGUCUCUUUGAGAAAUACGUGCCCUAUCUCAUCGAUGUGAUAGUGGAAGGGAUAGUGGAUGGAAGACAAGGCGAGAAGCUGAAGACAGUAGUCCCUCAGACAGACCUAAAUAUGGUAACCCAGUUAACCAAGAUGUUGGAUGCACUACUAGAAGGAGAAAUAGAGGACCCCGACCUUCUGGAGUGCUAUUUCUUAGAGGCUCUGUACUGUUCUCUGGGCGCUUCUCUGCUCGAGGAUGGAAGGAUUAAAUUUGAUGAAUGUAUUAAACGACUUGCUUCUUUGCCUUCUGCCGAUACGGAAGGGGAAUGGGCCAAUCCCGGGGAAUUGCCAAGUCACCUUCCAACCUUGUAUGACUUUCAUUUUGAUUCCACGCGGAAGAAGUGGAUACCGUGGAAUCAAUUAGUUCCUGACUAUGUGCACAGCCCCAAGAGGAAAUUCAUCGACAUCCUGGUUCAUACAGUGGAUACAACACGCAUGACGUGGAUGCUGGAACAGAUGGUCAAGAUCAAGCAGCCUGUUAUUUUGGUCGGUGAAUCUGGCACCUCCAAGACAGCCACUACCCAGAACUUCCUCAAAAAUCUGAAUGAAGAGAUCAGUAUUGUGUUAAUGGUCAACUUCUCCUCCCGCACCACAUCAAUGGAUAUCCAAAGAAAUUUGGAAGCAAAUGUGGAAAAACGAACCAAAGACACGUAUGGCCCACCCAUGGGAAAACGCCUCCUGGUGUUCAUGGACGACAUGAAUAUGCCAAAGGUGGAUGAAUAUGGCACACAACAGCCAGUCGCCUUGCUGAAGCUGCUGUUGGAAAGAGGCUACUUAUAUGACCGUGGGAAGGAGCUGAACUGUAAAAGCAUUCGGGACCUUGGCUUUAUUGCUGCGAUGGGAAAAGCUGGAGGAGGCCGCAAUGAAGUUGAUCCGAGAUUUAUUUCACUGUUCAGUGUCUUCAAUGUACCAUUUCCUUCAGAGGAGUCUUUGCAUUUAAUUUAUUCCUCCAUCCUGAAAGGCCACACCUCGGUGUUUCAUGAAAGCAUCAUGGCUGUGAGUGACAAGCUGACUUUCUGCACAUUGGCGCUUUACAAAACCAUUGUGCAGGACCUGCCUCCCACCCCAUCUAAGUUCCAUUACAUCUUUAAUCUUCGGGAUCUCUCGAGAGUUUUUAAUGGUUUUGUCCUCACGAAUCCAGAGCGGUUCCAGACAGUGACCCAGAUGGUGAGAGUCUGGAGAAACGAGUGUCUGAGGGUCUUCCACGACCGAUUAAUCAAUGAAACAGACAAGCAACUGGUGCAAGACCACAUAAGAGACUUAGUUACGGAACAUUUUAACGAUGAUGUGGAGGUGGUGAUGCGGGAUCCCAUCCUUUUUGGAGACUUCCGGAUGGCCUUGCAGGAAGAGGAAACACGCAUUUAUGAAGACAUCCAGGAUUAUGAGGCAGCCAAGGCUUUGUUUCAGGAAAUUCUUGAGGAGUAUAAUGAAAGCAACACCAAAAUGAACUUAGUUCUCUUUGAUGAUGCUCUGGAGCACCUAACCCAUGUGCAUCGCAUCAUCCGGAUGGACCGUGGCCACGCCCUGCUGGUCGGGGUUGGAGGCUCUGGGAAGCAGUCUCUUGCCAGGCUGGCCGCCUUCACAGCCGGCUGCGAGGUGUUUGAGAUCCUUCUGACCCGAGGCUACUCUGAGGACAACUUCCGGGAAGACCUGAAGAACCUUUACCUCAAACUCGGGAUCGAGAACAAAAGGAUGAUCUUCCUGUUCACGGACGCCCACGUGGCCGAGGAGGGCUUCCUGGAGCUCAUCAACAACAUGCUGACGUCAGGUAUCGUGCCGGCGCUUUUCCCAGAAGAGGAGAAGGAGACGAUCCUCAGUCAGAUCGGACCAGAAGCCCUGAAGCAAGGGACGGGCCUGGCCAAGGAGUCCGUGUGGCAGUACUUCGUGAACAAGAGUGCAAACAACCUGCACAUCGUCCUGGGCAUGUCGCCGGUCGGGGACACCCUGAGGACCCGGUGCAGGAAUUUCCCAGGUCUUGUAAAUAACACUGGUAUCGACUGGUUCAUGCCCUGGCCUUCUCAAGCCUUGCACGCGGUCGCUAAGUCAUUUUUAGGUGGCGGGACGCAUGUGUCCUGCGUGGUCACCCGAUCCAGGUGUGCCUCAGCUUCCGUGGCCAGGCUGGAGCGGAACUUUUACCUCACUAAACGCGAGCUAGAAAGGAUCCAGAAUGAGUUGGCAGCGAUCCAGAGGGAACUGGAAGCCCUGGGGGCCAAAUACGAGGCGGCCAUUCUGGAAAAGCAAAUGCUGCAGGAAGAAGCCGAAAUCAUGGAGAGGCGGCUGAUCGCUGCGGACAAGCUCAUCUCAGGCCUGGGGUCUGAGAAUAUCAGGUGGCUGAACGACCUGGAUGAGCUGAUGCACCGGCGGGUGAAGCUGCUGGGGGACUGCCUGCUUUGCGCAGCUUUCCUGAGCUAUGAGGGCGCAUUCACGUGGGAGUUCCGUGACCAGAUGGUCAACCAAGUUUGGCAGAAUGAUCUCCUGGAGCGGGAGAUUCCCCUGAGCCAGCCUUUCCGGUUAGAAAACCUGCUCACAGAUGAUGUUGAGAUCAGCAGGUGGGGAUCCCAGGGACUGCCCCCCGAUGAGCUCUCGGUUCAGAAUGGCAUCCUUACCACCCGGGCCAGCCGCUUCCCCCUCUGCAUCGACCCCCAGCAGCAGGCCCUCAACUGGAUAAAGAGAAAAGAGGAGAAAAAUAACCUGCGGGUGGCUUCCUUUAAUGACCCUGACUUCCUGAAGCAGCUGGAGAUGUCCAUAAAGUAUGGGACUCCUUUCCUGUUCCAUGACGUGGAUGAGUACAUUGAUCCUGUGAUUGAUAACGUCUUAGAGAAAAAUAUCAAAGUCGUCCAAGGACGGCAGUUCAUCAUACUGGGAGAUAAGGAAGUGGAUUACGAUUCAAAUUUCAGACUGUACCUAAACACCAAGCUGGCCAAUCCCAGAUACACCCCGUCUGUGUUUGGGAAGGCCAUGGUCAUCAACUACACGGUCACACUGAAAGGCCUCGAGGACCAGCUGCUGAGCGUGCUAGUGGCCUCCGAGAGGCGAGAGCUGGAGGAGCAGCGGGAGCACCUAAUCCAGGAGACGAGUGAGAACAAGAACCUGCUGAAGGAUUUGGAAGACUCCCUCCUUCGGGAACUGGCGACCUCCACGGGGAACAUGCUGGACAACGUGGAGCUGGUGCAGACCCUGGAGGAGACCAAAUCCAAGGCCACGGAGGUAUCAGAGAAGCUCAAACUGGCGGAGAAGACAGCCCUGGACAUCGACAGGCUGCGGGAUGGCUACCGGCCGGCCGCCAGGAGGGGAGCCAUCCUGUUCUUCGUGCUGUCCGAGAUGGCCCUGGUCAAUGCCAUGUACCAAUACUCCCUCAUCGCCUUCCUGGAGGUCUUUGGCUUGUCACUUAAGAAGUCCCUGCCUGAUUGCAUUCUCAUGAAGCGAUUACGGAACAUUAUGGACACGCUGACCUUUAACAUCUAUAACUAUGGUUGCACGGGGUUGUUUGAGAGACACAAGUUACUCUUCUCUUUCAAUAUGACGAUCAAGAUAGAACAAGCAGAAGGCAGAGUCCCCCAGGAAGAAUUAGAUUUCUUCUUAAAAGGAAACAUUUCCCUGGAGAAGAGCCAACGAAAAAAGCCCUGUGCAUGGUUGUCUGACCAGGGCUGGGAAGAUAUCAUGCUUUUAUCCGAAAUGUUCUCAGACAACUUUGGGAAUCUUCCUGAUGAUGUGGAGAAACACGUGGCGGUCUGGCAGGAGUGGUAUGACCUGGACUCACUCGAGCAGUUUCCAUUUCCCUUGGGUUACGAUAACAACAUCACCCCUUUCCAGAAGUUGCUUAUUUUGCGCUGUUUCCGUGUGGAUCGGGUGUAUCGGGCAGUGACCGACUACGUGACUGAAACAAUGGGAGAGAAGUACGUGCAGCCCCCCAUGAUCAGCUUCGAGGCCAUCUUUGAGCAGAGCACUCCAAACUCGCCCAUUGUGUUCAUCCUCAGUCCCGGCUCUGACCCUGCCAGCGACCUUAUGAAAUUAGCCGAGCGCAGUGGUUUUGGAGGAAACCGCCUCAAAUUCCUCGCCAUGGGUCAAGGCCAAGAAAAGGUAGCGCUGCAGCUGCUGGAGACAGCAGUGGCCCGCGGGCAGUGGCUGAUGCUGCAGAACUGCCAUCUCCUGGUCCAGUGGCUGAAAGAUCUGGAGAAGUCCCUGGAGAGGAUCAGCAAGCCGCACCCGGACUUCCGCCUGUGGCUCACCACAGACCCCACCAAGGGCUUCCCCAUUGGGAUUCUGCAGAAGUCCUUGAAGGUUGUUACAGAGCCCCCCAAUGGGCUGAAACUCAACAUGAGAGCAACGUACUUCAAGAUCUCUCAAGACACACUGGAGCAGUGUCCGCACCCGGCCUUCAAGUCCCUGGUCUAUGUGCUGGCGUUCUUCCACGCGGUGGUGCAGGAGAGGAGAAAGUUCGGGAAGAUCGGGUGGAACGUGUACUAUGACUUCAAUGAGUCUGACUUCCAGGUCUGCAUGGAGAUUCUGAACACGUACCUAACAAAAGCCUUCCAGCAACAUGACCCUAGGAUCCCGUGGGGCAGCCUCAAGUACCUCAUUGGAGAGGUCAUGUACGGAGGACGGGCCAUCGACAGCUUCGAUCGGCGCAUCCUGACCAUCUACAUGGAUGAGUACCUGGGAGACUUCGUUUUUGACACUUUCCAGCCAUUCCACUUCUUCCGGAAUAAGGAAGUGGACUAUAAAAUCCCCGUUGGUGAUGUAAAGGAAAAAUUCGUUGAAGCCAUCGAGGCCCUCCCACUGGCCAACACACCCGAAGUGUUUGGUCUUCAUUCCAAUGCUGAGAUUGGAUAUUACACUCAGGCGGCUCGGGACAUGUGGGCCCACUUGCUGGAGCUGCAGCCUCAGACAGGGGAAUCCAGCAGUGGCAUCAGCCGAGAUGAUUACAUUGGCCACAUUGCCAAGGACAUAGAAAACAAGAUGCCUAAAAUCUUUGACUUGGACCAGAUCAGGAAGCACCUUGGGGUGGGAAUCUCCCCCACGUCGGUGGUGCUUCUGCAGGAGCUGGAACGCUUCAACAAGCUCGUCAUACGGAUGUCCAAGUCUCUGGCUGAACUUCAGAGGGCCUUGGCGGGAGAAGUUGGCAUGAGCAACGAGUUAGAUGACGUAGCCAGGUCUCUUUUCCUCGGGCAAAUCCCUAGUAUCUGGAGAAAGCUUGCCCCGGACACGUUAAAGUCCCUUGGGAACUGGAUGCUCUACUUCCUGCGACGGUUCAGCCAGUACACGUUGUGGGUCACCGAGAGCGAGCCCAGCGUGAUGUGGCUCUCGGGGCUGCACAUCCCAGAGUCCUACCUCACGGCCCUGGUGCAGGCCACCUGCCGGAAGAACAACUGGCCGCUUGACCGCUCCACCUUGUUCACGCAAGUGACCAAGUUCCAAGAUGCAGAUGAAGUGAACGAGCGGGCAGGACAAGGAUGUUUUGUCUCAGGACUGUAUCUAGAAGGCGCUGACUGGGAUGUAGAAAGAGGAUGUCUUAUCAAGAGCAAACCUAAGGUGCUGGUGGUCGACCUGCCGAUUCUGAAGAUCAUCCCCAUCGAAGCCCAUCGCCUCAAACUGCAGAACACCUUCCGGACGCCGGUCUACACCACCUCCAUGAGAAGGAACGCCAUGGGAGUUGGCCUGGUGUUUGAAGCCGAUCUCUUCACCUCAAAACACAUUUCUCACUGGGUGCUGCAGGGGGUGUGCCUCACGCUGAACUCCGACUGACCGUCCGGGCCAAGAAACCCACACGCCCAGCUCCGUCCGGGGCUGGCGGCGGGAAUGUGGGCAGUCGGCAACAGUGGUCACGUCUGCGGUCAGCUCUCGGGGCCUGGAGCGGCUGGGGGUGGAUGGACAUGGCUUCUCCUUUCAUUUGAAAUCAGUCAAUUUAAUCUCUUUCCGUAGAAAUUAAGCAGAUGGUUUUGGUUUUUAAACUGUUUCUAAGGAUUCUGCAUAUUUGAAAAGUAAAUA